GCUUUUUUCUAAUUGAUCACAUGACAAAAACAAAACAAUCUACGAUUACCAACGAUCGGUCACUCUGCUCUUGCGUUGCUCACUGCCGGUGUCCUUUGUUUUCUGUUUUAUUUAUCGGCCAUCGUAAUGUUUCGCCGGAGGAACCCCAGUUCUGAGGAUAAUUUGUUCAGUAUUGACCAGAAAAAUGUAAAGACCAAAAUAAAUCAGAAUCUUGCACAUAUUGUCAAAGAACUACAAAAGGAAUAUCCUUUAUCUGGAUCUCCUGUGUUGUCUGAGUCUGCCCUUGCUCAACAUCUAUGCAGUGUGGUGGAGUCUGCAUUUAUUCAUGGAUUGAAGGUUUCUUAUUAUGAAAAAGAUAACUCACGUUCAACAUCGAAGAAUAGUUUUCCUCGACCACAAUUUUGGAAUUUAAUAUUGAAAAUAAGCCAUGCAGAAACGAUCAAAAGGGUUCAAGAUCUGACAUAUAUUACCUCACGAAUUGGGAAAUGUCGUGCGUGGCUACGUCUGACGUUAAAUGACAGUGCAGUGACAUCAUACCUCACUUCCAUUUUAUCUAAAGACCAGAGGCCGAUGCUCUCUCAUUAUUACGACUCUCAUGCUUUAUUUUUGGACCAAGAACAUGCAGAAAUAUUCCUUCGAUAUCUGCAAGGAGUCGAAAGCGUAGUUUUUGAACUAAGUUACAACUCUUCAGUAUUGAACCAGUGGACUAAAACACCUCUGGAACUAGCUGGCCUUGUGCCACCUUCUACCUCAGCGCCUCUGUAUCAGGGAUUGCAUGCAAGAUCUGAAAACAACAACCUCUCAAAGCCUUACAAUCAUAAUAGAAGAUUAGCGUACCACCGUGCUUCAACUCCUGCGGACUUCUUGAAACAUGACAUCAUCAGCGCCUCUCUACCGACCACUAGUGGUGACGAGUGGAUUAAAAAGAAUCGAGUAGCUGAAGAAGAAGUUGAUGGGAAAGAAAACAGAUCUCAAGUAACCAAGCAGGAACCAAUUAAGGAAGAGAAAGAAGAAGAGGUCAAAGGUGAAGCUGAAGAGCCCGAAUCAGAAACUUCAACUCCUCUCGUGACACCGACUGAAGACGGAAUUUUGCACAAACGACAAUUAAUAAAGAAAAAAAAGAGAAGAAGGCAUUCUAUUAACAAAGGUCUGGACGGCAGUUGGAGUAGUCUAUCGGGUGGUGAACUCGGAUCCUCUGGAUCAAACCCAAGUUCGAGACGAGGCACACCAAGAAAUAACAGUUUCUGUGACACUCCGCCAACAAUUGAGUUGCAGAAAAAAAGAAACGAUAUGACAGAGAAAAAAUUGGCCUCACUUAUAAAAGAAAAAUCAGCGAGCCCACCACAUCAAAGGCUUCUCAGAAGUGAAUCACCGGACAAUAUUUUUAGUAACAAUUUGUCAGAUAAGAAGCCUACGACGUCUACAAAAGAUAAAAAGAACAAAAAUUUAGUUCUUUCACCAAAACGCGAAAAGAAAAUAUCAAGUUCCAGUGAUAAAACAGAUAAUAUUGAACCUUUCAAGUCUUUCCCACCAGAGGGCAGUGUUGGAAAAAGUCAGAGCUCUUCAAACUCCUCCUCGGGGCUGGAAGACUCGACAGGAUCGAGUAGCAGCGGAAACGUGGGUAACAAACUCGAAUCUCAAAUGCCGUUAUCAGACGCUUAUAAAACGUCCUUUGUGACAUCAUCAAGCAGUCUUAGUGGAGCUGAAGGUCAAACCAAAGAGGUCGAAGGUCAAAAUCCAGAACAGGAAGUGAAUGAUGUCAUGACCAGAAGUACAGAUGCUAUUGAUAUCUACUCUAGCUCAGUUCUGGAAGAUACGUUCCCCCCCAGUAGCGUUGAUUUGAGUCUCGAACUGAGUACCCCUAAUAGGGUGGGUAAUAGCUUAUCCAGGAGUGGGGGUUGGUCGGCCCCAAAUACCCCCGAUUAUCAGCAAUCUACCCCCAAAAGCAUAAAAAAUGGAAUUUUUGGUUCAUUGUUGAAUCAGGGUCAUGUCUCAUCUUAUGAAGAAUCUCACGAGCCCAUCAAGUGGGCGCCGUCGCAGAAAUUGCCGAAACAGACAAAGAAAAGCGAACAAAACGGACAGGAAAAUGAAAAAUUGGAAAUAUUUAUAAGAAGGGAGGGAUAUUUAAAGAAAAUGGGUGAAAAAUUGAAACUAUGGAAACAGCGGUGGUUCGUACUCCGUGGAACGAUGCUUAAUUAUUAUAAAGAUAAAAACUCUAACGUUCUUUUGGGGUCGAUUGAUCUAACGGACGUGCUUGUGAUUUCGGAAGAAGUGGAUCACCAUGACGCUGAUAUCGUAAUUGUGAUGAACAAUGGCACCAAACACCACCUAGCAGCAGAAAGCAGGCAGAUUACGCUCGAUUGGGCGUCUGAUUUCAAUCAAGUAUUAACCGGGCCAGAAUCUCCACAAAAAGGUGGCAGUAAAGAGCAAAAUGGGGAGGACAUUUAUUCGAAAAAUUAUUUAGAAGAAUAUGAAAUUAUCUCAGUCCGAAAUAACCUACUAAAUGGCACAAAUACGAGCUGGUAUGCUUCAAUGAUCGCACACAUGGGGAAAAUCGCAAACGAGAAAGGCCUCGACUCGCAAAAUUAUCAGUGUGCCGAUUGUGCAUCUCCUAUUGGAAUUAUAUACGGCGCACCGAGAGUCUGCACAUUCACAGGGCAGUACUAUUGCUCACAAUGUCAUUCUAACGACGAGAUACAGAUACCGGCAAGGAUUGUACAUAAUUGGGACUUUAGAAAACACAAGGUCGCCAAAAGGUCAAAAUCCUUUAUUGAACAAGUAUUCAACGACCCGCUACUCAACCUGAGUGAAUGCAACCCUGGUAUUUACAAAUAUAUCGACGAAAUGGGCAAAGUAUUUCAUUUAAGGCAACGUCUUGUGCAUUUGAAACCUUAUCUGCAAACUUGCAGAAGUUUUGAUAUGGAGGAAAUUAAUAACAGGUUAGGAUCUCGACUCUACUUUCUCGACGACAGCCAUCUUUAUUCUAUCCAAGAUUUAUGCAACGUUCACGACAAAUCGCUCGGUAACAUGCUAAACAAGUUGGUCACCUCCGGCACGAAGCACGUCUAUGGAUGUACGCUUUGUUCCGCUAAAGGAUUCGUCUGCGAGAUCUGCCAGAGUAACUCGAUUAUUUUUCCGUUCGAAACGGACUCGACAGUCCAGUGUUUCGAAUGCAAAAGUGUUUUUCAUCGCGAAUGCAAAAAUGAUUCUUGCCCGAAGUGCGAACGUCGACAAAAAUAUUUCAUGGCGAAAGCGAAUGAAUAUGUUCAUGACUCAUCAGAUUCUGAUGAGAUUUAAUGACUCAACAUAUUUCAUAAGUUCAAAUAAAAUAUGGGCAUGAAUCAAUAAAAUUUGAGGACAAAAAUAUUGACUUUGAAGCAUUUUUUGUAAGAUUGAAGAAAUAAACCGACGUGACUCGCCAAAAUUUGAGCUCUAAAAUCGUGACUGAGCAUUUUUCACAAAUCAGUUAUAUUAUUUUUAUUGAACUUGAAAAGUAAGUGAGCGUGACUGCGAUAAUAAUGGAUCCUAUAUCGAGGGCUUCAACCCAAAAGCGCAAAACCUCGAAAACAAAUCUGUCCUGGAAAAGAAGAAAAACGUAUAUUUUGGACUCGUAACAUUUUAACUUUUUAAUUAAUUGAAUAGUUUGGUGAAUAUGACCUCAAUUUUCGAUUAGAAUGGCAGUUUUUUCUUCGUAAUUAUUUCGAAAUUCCAAUUUCGCCCCUCACCUUGGAAACCUUGAUUUAAUAAUUAAUCACUUUUUCAAUAAAUUCUUUUCUUGAGAUCUUUUUCUAAAUAUAUAUGUGUGUGUGUUCAAUAUAUAUUUUCAUGCUGCAAUCAGUUUGCUGUGUAGUUGGUGAAAAUCCACACCCGACUUCAAACUCAGACCCAAUCAGGAAUAAGUUCUGAGCCAUUUAAGCUCUACCAAUAACAAGUUGGCAAAAAUUUUUUGUCUCUCGACUCUGAAUUCAAGGGCAACUUUGACACUUUUUGAAUCACCAUGAUAAAUAUUUCGGUAUUCGAUUCUCCAAGUAUGCGUACUAAGAUGGCGGACACCGCAACGUAGUAUGUGUAACAGGUUAGCCAUAAUUUUAGGUACAAAUACUACGGAGUCACUUGGAUAGUCCCCGAACUUGUAAUAGAACUGAAAUAAGAAAAAUUGGAAUAAAAUUAUAGCCUGACCCCGUACUCGUGCUAUGUUCAGGUGUCCGCCAUCUUGGUACGUAUACUUCAGGAGCACCCAAUUUUGAUAGAUGUUGUCUUCAAAAUGAUAUGUAUUUGGUUAGAAUACUUACUGUUCAUUAAAUCCUCCAUUCUCUCUUAUUUUGUAAAAUAUAAAUGACAGGUUCGUACUUUAAUGUUUCCAUUGUUUGUUCGUUGUUUGGUUUAUGAUGCAAUAAUCGAUCAUGAUAUUUUUGUGCCUUAAAGUAUUUUUGUGAUUGUAGAAAAUAACAUCUUUUUUUAAUUCUAA